AAUAGUCCGAGAGGCUGUAAAUGGCACCAUGUUUUCUGGAGGUUCUGCUUUAGUCAGAUAAGGGAAGUUUCAUUAAGAUUUAUUUCUACAUCUUCUGUAGCUCAAAUAUUUUCACCUAAAAACAAUCUUUAUGUCGACUCUGGGGGUCAAAGUGCAUCCCCACAAUGGAAAAGCUCUUGUCCCAAUCUCUACCAGAAUCAAUCUGAAAUCUUCGGAUUUAUCUAAGCAUGUCCAUCGUGAUUGACGCAUAAGCAGUGGUUCAGGGCACCGAGUUAGCGAUUCUAGGUAAGUAAGACCGUGUCAAGAAGUGGUUCAUAGAAGGCAAAAGCAAGGGAGAGUGACAGUCGUUGUUCUUUAAGAGGACGCGGUGGUGGAGGAGAAAGUUGCACAUCGGCCCUGAACCGGGCGGAUCCUGAUAUGGGGCCUGGGGACGCGAUUUGGGGAACCUCGGCGGCAUCCGGGCUCCGCUUGAUGCCAGUGCGUGUUUGUACAAGUUACUUCCUCAAGUUCAGGGUGAGGGUAAUAAUAUCUACCGCGUGAAGUUGUUGGGAAGCUUCCCCGCCAACCAAGGCAGAGCGCACAGCUCGCAGGAAGCGCUCGCUGGGGUCUGCUCUUUCCGGGAAUGGGUGGGGUGCGCACUCCUAACAGGGCUCCCAAGACUUGCGUCACGCGCCCCAGUCGGCUGGCUUAUAAAACCCUGCCAGAGCCCCAAGAUCGCUUUUAGUUUCUGUUCUUUCUGAAGGAGCCUCGAGGGGCCGGGCUGGGGAAUCUCGGCCUCACCGAGCCUAGAACCGAGAGGGGGCCGCCCCGGGCGGUCGCCUGCAGAUUUACCCGCGCGUCCACUUUCUUUCCACCCAGUUGCCCUUGCGGCCGCUGUAAACCUGCCACUAGGACUGGGUCGGUGAGAUCUAGCCUCUUGACCUGAGAGCCGAGAGUGGGGAAGCCGAAAUCGCUGGGCUGGGCUAACAGCUGCAGAGAGCGCGCCCUCGCUGGCUCGGGGCGCGCCCAGCAGGAGCACCGCCCGCGCCCGCCCCUGGACACUUGUAAGUUUCGAUUUCACCGCAGCCGAGUCCUGCGCGGCGGCAGAGCCAGCACAGCCAGCAAAGCCAGCGCGCCAUGGCGGAUCCGGAGGUGUGCUGCUUCAUCACCAAAAUCCUGUGCGCCCACAGCGGCCGCAUGGCCAUGGACGCUCUGCUCCAGGAGAUCAAGCUGUCGGAGGCGCAGCUCUGUGAGGUGCUGCAGGUGGCCGGGCCCGACCGCUUCGUGGUGUUGGAGACCGGCGGCGUGGCCGGGGUCACCCGAUCGGUGGUGGCCACCACUCGAGCCCGGGUCUGCCGUCGCAAGUACUGCCGGAGUCCCUGUGAUAACCUGCAUCUCUGCAAGCUCAACUUGCUGGGGCGGUGCAACUAUUCGCAGUCGGAUCGGAAUUUAUGCAAAUAUUCUCAUGAGGUCCUCUCAGAAGAUAACUUCAGAGUCCUGAAAAUUCAUGAACUUUCUGGACUUAACCAAGAGGAAUUAAAAGUGCUUCUCGUCCAAAGUGAUCCUUUUUUUAUGCCUGAGAUAUGCAAAAGCUAUAAGGGAGAGGGUCGACAGCAGAUUUGUAGCCAGGAGCCACCGUGUGCAAGACUCCACAUCUGUGACCACUUCACUCGAGGAAACUGUCGUUUUCCCAACUGCCUCCGGUCCCAUAACCUGAUGGACAGAAAGGUGCUGGCCAUCAUGAGGGAGCAUGGGCUGAGCCCCGACGUGGUCCAGAACAUCCAGGACAUCUGCAACAGCAAGCACAUGCAGAAGAACGCCAUGGGGCCCAGAGCUCCUGCACAUCGUGGAAACUUGGCACAUAGGGCUAGAAGCAAAAGUAGAGAUCGGUUCCUUCAGGGCAGCCAAGAAUUUCUUGCAUCUGCUUCAGCAUCAGCUCAGAGGACCUGCACGCCCAGUCCAGAUCAGAUCGGCCACAGGGCUUCCCUGGAGGAUGUGCCUGUAGACGAUCUCACCUACAAGUUCGCCUAUCUGGGGAGUCAGGCUCACACACGGCUUCCCUCUGGCUCGUCCAAGGCUACCGAUCUUGGAGGAACAAGUCAGGCUGGGGCAAGCCGGGGGUUUUCAGAGAAUGGCAGUCUACAUGACAUCUUGUAUGGGAAUCCAGGCGACACUUACCUUGCUUCGGAUUCAACACCAGCCUCCAACUGGAAGGGCCCCACAUCCUGGACGAAUGACAAGGGCACUGGGAGAGAGUCUAUGUUUUCUCCCACGCUACCUGCCGCCUGCUCUUCUCUGGGCUGUCUGCAAACACCUGAAGCUGUGACCACCAGAAAGGGCGCAGGCUUGCUUUCCUCAGACUACAGAAACAUCAAUGGCAAAAGUGGGACUCAGGACAUGCAGCCUGGCCCUCUUUUUAAUAAUAAUGCCGAUGGAGUGGCCACAGAUAUAACUUCCACAAGAUCCUUAAAUUAUAAAAGCACAAACAGCGGUCAGAGAGAAAUAUCAUCCCCUAGGAAUCAGGACGCUGGACCUGCUUCCCGAGAUCUCCAGGCUACUGGCAGAAUCACAGGUGGCACUGACCCAAGAGUGGCACUUGUUAAUGAUUCUUUAUCUGAUGUCACAAGUACCACAUCUUCUAGGGUGGAUGAUCAUGGCUCAAAGGAAAUUUGUCUUGACCAUCUAUAUAAAGGUUGUCCACUUAAUGGGAGCUGUACCAGAGUCCACUUCCAUCUGCCUUACCGGUGGCAGAUGCUUAUUUCAAGAACCUGGACGGACUUCCAGUUCAUGGAGAAGAUCGAGGAGGCCUACUGUGACCCCCAAAUCCACCUCUGUUCUGUAGGAAGUUAUACAAUCAAUUUUCGGGAAAUGACUUGUGGUUCCAAUCCCAUCCAACGCCUCUCCACUCCUUCUUCUGUCACGAAGCCAGGCAAUCCUGUUUUCACCACCAAAUGGAUAUGGUAUUGGAAGAAUGAAUCUGGCAGAUGGAUUCAGUAUGGAGAAGAGAAAGACAAUCAGAAAAGUUCAAGCAUCGACUCUUCAUACCUGGAGGCUUUCUAUCAGUCCUGUCCGAGGGGAGUUGUGCCGUUUCAGGCGGGCUCACGGAACUAUGAGCUGAGUUUCCAAGGGAUGGUUCAGACAAACGUAGCUUCCAAAACUCAAAAGGAUGUCAUCAGAAGACCAAAAUUUGUGUCUCUGUGGGAUGUGGAACAGAUGAAAAGAAGACCAGACCAUCAGCCAGCACAGACCUCGUCAACGCCUAUAACUGCCACCUUUCUUCCUCAGCAGGACCUUUGCUUCCUAUCCUCAAAAAAAUAUAAGGUGUCAGAGAUCAAUCACCUACAUCCAGAAUAUGUCAAAGUAAGUGAGUAUUUUAAAGCUUCCAUGAAAAAUUUCAAGAUUGAAAAGAUAAAGAAGAUCCAGAACCCAGAGCUCCUGGAUUGUUUUACACGGAAGAAGUUGCAGAUGAAGGUAGAAGAAAACCUCCUAUUUUAUGCGACAAAACGUGCCUAUGUGGACUCUAUCUGUGCGAAUAAUUUUGACUGGACCCUACAUGAAACUCAUGCAACCACAUAUGGAAAAGGAAGUUACUUUGCAAAAGAUGCCAUCUAUUCCCACAAAAAUUGCCCAUAUGAUGCCAAAAACAUCGUUAUGUUUGUAGCCCGGGUCCUGGUUGGAAAUUUUACUGAAGGAAAUAUGACGUACACGAGCCCUCCUCCCCUGUUCAACAGCUGUGUGGAUACUAGGUUGAAUCCCUCCGUUUUUGUCAUCUUUCACAAAGAUCAGAUUUACCCACAAUAUGUGAUUGAAUAUACUGAAACAGACAAACCCUGCGUGAUUAGUUAGAACCGAUGAAUACAGCGUCAGAAGGAUGCCAUAACUAUUCUGUUCCCUUGCAGAAUAAAUUGCCCCAGAAAGUAAAGUUUUAUAUUUUAAUGUCUUCGAUCAGUGGUCCCCAAACUUUGCUACACAUUUGAAUCAUCUGGAAAGUUUUAAACAAAUUCUGAUGCUCAGGUUGCACCCCAUGCCAAUUAAAUCAUUUCUAGGCGUGAAUGCCAGCCAGGCAGUUGUAUUUUUUAAAGCCCUUCUGAUGAUUCUGAUGUGUUGGAAAGUUUACCUUGUCUCACGUGUAACUGGCAAAGCUGAUUUGAAAAUUUUCUGUAAUUGCAGCAACCUUUCUCUCCUGUCUACUCUUUUAGUUUACCGUAUGCCAUGGUUUUGUUUUGGCUAUAUUGAAAGAAAAUUAAUUUGGGAAAUUUGGGAGAAAUCUAAUCAUGCCUGUUGAAAUAAGGAUUUAAGACAUUACAGCCUUAGAAGAACGAUUGUGAAAAGCUGGGGAGAAAAUGCUUAAGGACAUGCUAGGAAAAAAGGAAAAAUGGAAAUGCUGUGGCAGACAUAGCUGCCGUACUGUACCUUAUCAUUCUGAUGAAACUGAUUUGGAGCACCCAUUUCUUUAUCGCUACAUUUAUUUAGGGGACAAACUCCAUCCAGGUUGACUGUCUCUGGAAUGUGGUAAUAAGAGCUGCCACGUAUGGCUCAGAGAGAAGCAACCAAUUGGAGUUAAUUGCCCAUUUGGGCUCUUUGUAUAAUGAUAGCAAAGUAGACAUUUAUGUUCUAAUUAAUGUGAUUAUAGAGAAGGCUUUUUCUCAGGUCAGGCUUUUCAUGAAAGUAUUUUGAGAACAAUGAAUUGCAAUAACCAGCUUCACACAAGCAUGACUGAUAAAUGCGAGUGCUAUUGUAGUCUUGGCAAACAAGCCAAGAACCUAGGAGCCAAGAACCUAGGAGCAGGGCCAUUCCUACCAUUCCUACCGAAGGGCUGGCCCCCUACGGAGACGAAAUUUGUUUCCUGGUGAGCACAGAAUCAGAACAAAGAACAGUAUCCCAAAGAGGCCCUGUGCCUACCAGGAGCUUCUUUUUCUAAAUAUAAUGGAUUAGGUGGAAUUGUAGUACCAUCGGUUUUUAUUUAGAGCAGGUGGAGUGCUUGGACCAAUAUUUCCUUCUUUCUUAUGAACCAGGGUUUUCCUUCCAAUUUUCUCUUUUCAACAUUCCUUACCAGUCAUCAAAGUUUCCUGUUAUAAUUUCUUCUAGCAGACAUGUUAAAGUCAGAUUUAAUUAGCAUCAGAAUUGAUUUUAUAUUAGUCAGAUUUUGGAUCAUCACAGAGAUCUCCACAACUCUUUGUCUUAAACGACUCCACCAGUAAAAAGUAUAGAGAUUUUUUUUUAGAGUAAUUUUGUGGGAGGGGGACCACAAAUGCUUAUUCUCAUUCACUCAUGUUUUUUCAUGGUAGCUUUCAUUUUGGAGUGUUCAUUUUCUGAACUUGAUCCUCAUAUUGUAGGGGUGCAGUGUGUCCAACUCUUUCCAACAGCCCAUUAGACACCACUAGCUGGAUAUUUCACAGGCAUCUUUGAUUCAACAUGUCCACAGCGGAACUCUCCAUCCUCCUCCCUCACAAGAAUCUGUUUCUCUCCCGGCUUCUGUAUGUAAGUGAACAGUAUCACCAUCUACCGAUUGACUCAAGCAGAAAUCCAGAAGUCAUCUUUGACUCUUUGCUCUCCCUCCUGAUAAAUGUCUAAGCAGUUUCUAAGUCUAGUUUUACCUCUUACCUAUCUCUGUUCCCUUCUAAGUUGUUUGAUGUGUUUUCUUCACAGCAAGAGGCUUUUCUUUUUAAAAAUGUACUUAGUAAUGCAUAUUCAAAGCACAAAUCCCAUCAAGUCUUCAGGAUAAAGUUCAAAACCACUAUCAUAGCCCCACGUGACCUCUCCCUCCCCUCCCCUCUGUGAUUUAGUUUCUUCUGCACAAGCCACUCUGGCUUUCUUUCAGUUUUGUGGUUCACAUUUUCAGCUAGUUCAGUGGUUCUCAUUGAGCACUUCUGCCUUUUUUUUUUUGACAAAUACAAAUGCAUCUUCUCUAUUAUCCUCAAAAUCUAAUUCAGAGGUGAUAUGCUCCACCUACACACAAUUUUAGAAAUAAAUUAAGAAUUAAGUAAAACUAAUAUUGACAUAAAAAGGAAAUAAAGGAUACCUAACUUGGGAACAACUAUAAUUGAAGACCUAAUGAAGUAGUCAGAUGCUUACAACUAUUUAUAAUCAAUCAAUUUGAACUUAGAAGGUAGGAAAUCAGACUAUCUGUGGAAAAAUGCAAAUGAAGAGAUACGAGUGGACAUUACAGUAAAAACUAGUGAUACAAUAACUUCUUUGCAUAUGACCAUACUUAUUUGUAUAUGAUAAGAGAAAGAACGAAUUAACCUUAAUUGAAAUAAAGAUACUAUGCAAGAAAAUGUACAGAUUGUCGACGUGGAGAAAAUGAGGAUAUAUUCUUACAGACGAGCUAUAGAUCAUACAUGAAUGUCUGCUGAGACAUUCAAAAUUCGUAUAGGGUGCAGAAUAAUUUCUUAUUGUGAGGAACUGUCCAAUGUAUUGCAAGAUGUUCUUCGUACUUGGCUCUCACAAACUAAAUGCUAGUAGCGCCCCACCCCCAUGCCCAGUCAUGGUGACAACCACGAACCCCAUCGGAUCCCUUCACCCUUUUCAGAGCAGAUACUUUGUAACAUCCUCUUUCCUGUCCUGAAAUGACUCAUAGAUAAUAAAAUCCACUUACACACAUGAAUUUCUUAAAAAAUCAAUUUAAUGCCCUAACUCUCUUACAAAGGAGAAAUAGAAAUUUGGAAUGAAAAGAAGAUGAAUUUUAAAUGCUCAGGCAUGACUAUGCUGUAUGAAAAAGAUGUUUACUCUUCAUUUUAAUGAGUAGGUUUGGAUUUAAGAACCAUUAGAGGCUAUUUCCUGUAAACAAGUACAGGAAAAUGAAACUAGAGGUAUGGGGGACAGUAGAAUGAAAACCAGUGUUAGGGUAAGUCAAAACAGACCAUAUACAUAAUCUGUAUAUGGGAAAAAAAGCGAAAUUACCUUGUUUAAGGAUAAUAGGACAAGACAAAUUACAGGUUGUCUCAGAGAAAACAAACGAGUUACUCUCUCAGACAAGCUGUAGGUCCUACAUACAUGUCCAGCAGGACAUUAGACAGUCGUACAGGGUACAGAAUAAUUCCUCGUUGUGUGACAUAACCCACACACUGCAGGACGUCUGUCAGCCCUGGCUGCACCCACUCAGUGCCGGUAGUAGUCCUCAAUUAUUGUGAAACCACCAACAACCCAUUGACCACAGUGAGAACCACUGAUUCUUUUCCAGUGACUUAGUGAACAUCUGGCAUCCUUAGAUCGUCCCAGCUGUUAUUUCCCUGAAGAGUCCUUCUAUAGAAUAGGUCAGUUCCUUGCCUUCCAAAUUCCUUAUUUUUAAAAUACUUUGCGCCUUGCUUUGUUAAUUUGUAUUAUGUAUCCAAACUGAAAUUAUCUGCUUUCUGCAUUAGAAUGUAAGCCCCUGAGGGCUGGGUCAGUCUUGUUUGCUGUGCUAUGCCUAAUGCCCAGCCAAGCGGGGUGCUUUGUACACUGAUAUACUGGAUAAAUUUUGUUGAAUAAAUUAAGCUCAACUAUUUAUAUUUCAAUAGUUGAGUUGUAUUGCUUCUGGUUCUUCAAGCUUAAUUUGAACUAUCUAAUAAAAAUAAGUAAUUAA